UUGUUAGCCUCCGGUGUUGGUUUUGUUGGGUGAGAAGCGUCAGCCAGGUGUGGUUUCACUUACAGAGGAGAGUGCUGUGGGAAAAUGUGUAUUUUCCCUCAGGCCUGAUGCCCAUACACGUGGGGCUCUCCCGGUGCCUGAGGUCGGGCUGACCCUGGUAACUCACCUUUGGUGCUGGAUUUCUACCUCUGAUCCCUUCUCCUUCAGAGCAGGGUCCAGGCCAAAUGCAGGAGGCAGAGAAUGAUAAGCUGAGCACCAGCUACUCCUAGUUAUCCAGCUCCUGACUGGCCCCUCUCAUCUCAUCCUGCCCUUCUCACUUCAUUAAAUGCCCCUGGCCUCUUAAAAUUAAUUUGUUUGGGCUUCUCUUAAAUCGAUGGCACUCCAGUUGUAGCCUAGUAAUCCCCCAUGCUAGAAGAACUUUCUCUACAAGCUGUGGGGAGUUCACCUUGGCACAACUCUUUGACUUGAGAUUUUUAUUCUUUGACACAUUGCUUUGACUUGAUGCUUUUACCCUUCUUUCUCCUUUUCAGAAACACUUGUGUGGUGUUCUCUGUGUGCAGCUGGAAGCAAAGGUUGAAAGAGACAUUCCAGCUUUCUUUUUCAUGGAGUCGGUGGUAGUUACAGCUGAUUCAGAUGGUGACUGAGCCACAGGAGGUGGAACAUGGCCGGACAAAUGUCAGAGGCUGAUCAGAUCAAGCAGUUCAAGGAGUUUCUUGGCACGUACAAUAAACUUACAGAAAAUUGCUUUGUGGAUUGCAUAAAGGAUUUCACUAGCAGAGAUGUGAAACCAGAAGAGAUAACUUGCUCAGAGAACUGCCUGCAGAAGUAUCUGAAGAUGACACAGAGGAUCUCCAUGAGAUUCCAGGAGUACCACAUCCAGCAGAACGAGGCUCUGGCAGCCAAGGCAGGACUGCUCAGCCAACCUCGUUAGAGCAGAGCACUGUGCUCAGACUCAAGCUGUGCCAAGAACACACUGGGGGAUUCCUACUGUCAGGAUGUGUGUCCAGCAGCUCAGAGCAGAGCUGUGGGUGCUGCUCAGGCAGUGGGAGCAGAAGGGUUAAACAGGAGCGCAGUCCCGGUGGCCUGGCAGUGGAGUUUGUUUCCACAAGGGAACCAUGCAGAUACAACUUUUCCCAGGACCCACAGACUGGUCUGAAUUUCAGGGGUGGUGGGAGGGCUCGCCUGCCUUUUGCUGAGACUGGUUGAGAUGAAUCAAUGUAACGUGGGGAAUACACUUUUUUAUUUAAUUCAAAUAAAAUCAGCUGGAGCCAUAUA